AUUUCCAGGCAACUUCUUGUGGUCAUGAUUCUUUAUUAGAUUAAAGGCCAACACCCUUUGUUUUCUUAUAUAUAUAGUCCUGUCAGCAAGGCUCAAAUUCAUACCGACCAUUUCUAGAUCGACAAUUGUAAUCAACAAGUGCAAAUGGAAGGAAGUUCUUGCAAAUCAGCAGACGGAAAAGAAUUAGGUGGCAAUGGAUUCACUGAGAUCACUCUUCGGCCGCUGGAUCUUUCUGACAUUGACCAUUUCAUGGUGUGGGCUUCAGAUGAUAAAGUGACUCGUUUUUGCUCAUGGGAUUCCUACACUAGGAAAGAAGAAGGCAUAGACUUUAUCAAGAGCAAGGUUAUUCCCCACCCAUGGUUCAGGGCAAUUUGCCUUGACAACCGGCCAAUUGGUGCCAUUUCAGUGGCCGAAAAUUCGGGCAUUAAUGAUAAGUGCAGAGGUGAGCUUGGCUAUGUCUUGGGCGCCAAGUAUUGGGGCAAAGGGAUUGCAACUAGGGCAGUGAAACUGGUGGCUAAUACUAUAUUUAGUGAGUGGCCACACUUGGAGAGACUUGAAGCUCUGGUUGAUGUCGAAAACGUGGGCUCCCAAAGGGUGCUGGAGAAGGCUGGGUUCCAGAGAGAAGGUGUUCUGAGAAAGUAUAUUACUCUGAAGGGGAAAACUAGAGACAUGGUGAUGUUUAGUCUUCUUUCUACUGAUCCCCAAACCUGAAUAUUUGUGCAAAAUUAAAUUAUUGUUAUCACUUAUGUUUAUGUCUGUGAUUUGUAAAUCUCAAGGCACCCUCUAGCAAUUCAAGUUGCUCGUUUGCUCAA